AUGGCAUUAUAUCGCACAUAUACAGUUGAUGAAUUGAUUCAAGUGUAUAAAAGACUCAAUGUAGAAUUCCAGGAGUACCAUGGGGAGUCCAUGUACGACCGUAAAAGCAUACACAACAUUAUUAAAUUACUAGAAACCAAAAACAUCCUCAAAACAUCCCCUGACGGCAAGAAAUACAUAGAACUAUUCAACCGUAACGUGACUGUUAUCAAGAGCGAUGGGUCAUCCUUAUAUUUAUCCCGGGACAUUGCAGCAGCCCUAGACAGGCACACAAAGUACAAUUUUGAUAAUAUGUAUUAUAUUGUGGAUAAUGCACAAACGGAUCACUUUGUAGCCCUUUUUGAGACUUUGAAACAAGUCGAUGCAAGUUUGUAUGAAAAGUGUAAACAUGUAAAGUUUGGUCGUAUCAGAGGAAUGAGUACGAGAAAGGGGGAUGUUGUUUUUUUGAGUGAUAUACUCGAUGAAGCUAAGGAUGUUAUGUAUAGAAGGCAGUUGGAGUCUCCAACAACAAAAACCGCCCAAACCGACCACCGCACCCCCGACAUCCUCGGCACAACCGCCGUCAUAAUAAACGACCUAAAACAGCGCAGAACCCGCGACUACAGUUUCGAGUGGACCAACGCCCUUCACAUGCAAGGAGACAGCGGCAUAAGAUUGCAGCACACCCACUGUCGUCUGCACAAUUUAGAGUUGAAUAGCGGCGCGCGAGUGGCCCACGAGUGCGACGAAGAGGCAUUGCUGAAGCAACCGGAGGCCGUGCAACUGAUUGUCGACAUUGCGAGGUUCGAGGAUGCCCUGGGGAAGGCUGAUAGGGAACUGGAGGCUUGUGUGGUUGUUAAUUAUUUGUUUGGAUUGUGUAACUCAAUCAACAAAGCCCUAAAAACCCUCCAAGUAAAAAACCAAGGCGAACUAGGAAACCAGCGCCUACUAAUGUUCCAUUGCGCAAAACGAGUAUUGAAUCAAGGAAUGAGGAUAUUAGGGUUGCAGCCCUUAGAAAAAAUGUAG